GGUUCAUUCUUCCUUUUCUCUUUCCUUCUCAGAGGCCCUGCCCGUCCAAGAAGUGGCAAGAGCGGCAGGGCUGCCACCUGCUUGUGGACAGGGAGGGAACUGGAGACAAGGGGUGAACCUCUGCAAGGAAGUCCCAGGGUGCUGGACAGCUGGGGCCUGAGAGCCAGGCCUCUUGGCUCCUCCUCUGGCUUGCAGUGGGAAGGCCACUUCUUGUCUCUAGGAUGCAACUCAAGAGCCAUUGGUUCCGUAAUCAGGCCCCUGCUUAUAAGCUGCCUCUGGGUUUUGUCUGGGCCCCCAUGAGCAGGAGCAAGGAGGAGGGUAGGGGUAGCAGGCGCUGUAAGUCCUUGAAGGCCAGAGGAUGUGGAGGGCGUGACUACACCUGCCCCAGGAGCUGGUGAGAACCCAGCUGAGGCUCUGCCGGGAGAGGAGUGUGUCUCUAGCUCAGCAAUGCGGGGCUCUGUGGAGAGUUCUAGAGUUUGAAGGGACCUGAAGGACACUGCAGUUCGAUGCCCACCACAGCACUGUCACUUCCCUCACCAGGAGUGGACUCUGCUUAGUCACCUCCAGCGAGGGCCCCUCUACCUCCAGAGGCAGCCUGUGUGUCUGGGAGCCCCAGUCCCCAGAAUGCUUCCUUCAAAGGAGCACUGCUCUGUCCCUGAAGUGUGAUGCCAUGUCUUCUCUUCCUUGUGACAGCUCUGUCAUGCUGGGGACCUAAAUUUCUACCUCCCAAAUCUCCUCUGUCCCUGCUGAGGAUAUUCCUUUGUGUGAGGACCCCCUCAGCCUCACUGGCCUGGGACUCCUCGUGGACUCAGAGCCAUGGCCCCCAGCCUGCCAAGUAGAAAUUCCUGCUCCAGGGAGGAACUCCUGCUCCUUCAUUCGCUCUUCCACCCCUGGUGGGGACUUUCAACUGCUGCCCCAGUGGGUUUAGCUGUGAGGAUGGGAGGUGAGUCCAGUUCCUCUACCUUCCUCUUGCCGCUGCUUCCAUCCGGCCCUCCCCAGGAAUCUCCUGGUUUCAACCCUCCUCUUCAGAAAGUUCAGGCUCAUUCCAGGCUCUCCUGUAGCAUCAGGCAUGUUUGUUGCUGAAGUUUGGCAUGGGUUAGACUUGUGUAUUCAAGCAGUAAGUGUUUGUAGCAGACCUGCUGUGUGCUUCAGGGUGUUGGCCCAGCUGCUGGGGGGCAAAUGGAAUCAGCUACAUUAUCCCUACUCUUGCUCUCAAGAAAAUCCUGCCUUUUGGGGCACAGAAGGUGGGCAGAUGGCUGGACAACUGGCUGCCCACCACGGCAGAAUGCCAUCGGGCCCUAACAGAGCAGUGAGCAGAGAGCCAGCAGGUUUGACCUCUCCCUGGAGAGGCUUCUCAGCUGAGCACCACGGGAGAGCAGGGUUUGGGUAGGCAGAGAACCAGAGGAGGGAACUCCAGGCUAAACGGCGGAGCAAAGGCAUGGAGGUGGGAGGAUGCUUUUUGUGUUGAGGGCCGGUGAGAGGCCUGUUGUAUUGGACUACAGGUUGCCACGUGAGGGCUGUGGUGCCCUCUACCAAAGGAGCAGUGGGGUGGAGGGUCCCCUCUCAGCUACACAGGAGCCUGGAGGAAGUGGAGAGCAGCAAAGAACUGAUGGACUGCGAUCCCCAGCGGUCCCGGCCCCUGAGCAGGGAUCAUCACCCUGCCUAAAACUGUACCAUUCUCUUCUUUGACAGUGUUUUCAUUUCUUGCCUAGCAGUGACCAGCACUGACAUGCUGUCCAUGUUGUCAUCCCUGACAUUGACACACAGGUGCACUUGAGCGCCAGCCCGGCGGGGGAGGGACUAGUGUCCCUUUGUUCACUGCUGUAUUCCCCGUGCCUCCAACUGUGCCUGGCACAGAGCAGGCGGACGACCCCCCGGAACCCGUGUACGCGAACAUAGAAAGGCAGCCCCGGGCCACUUCUCCGGGCGCCUCAGCGGCCCCUCUUCCCAGCCCGGUGUGGGAGACGCACACGGACGCCGUAACCGGGCGCCCCUACUACUACAACCCGGACACAGGCGUUACCACCUGGGAGUCACCCUUUGAGGCUGCCGAGGGCGCUUCCACCCCAGCCACCUCCCCUGCCUCAGUCGGCAGCCACGUGAGCUUCGAGACCGAGUGGGGCCAGUACUGGGAUGAGGAGAGCCGCAGGGUGUUCUUCUACAACCCGCUGACAGGCGAAACGGCCUGGGAAGACGAGGCCGAAGACGAGCCGGAGGAGGAGCUGGAGAUGCAGCCGGGCUUGAGCCCCGGCAGCCCUAGGAGCCCACGGCCCCCCACCCCCGAGACUGACUACCCCGAGUCGCUGACCAGUUACCCUGAGGAGGACUAUUCUCCCGUGGGCUCCUUCAAUGAGCCCAGACCCACUUCUCCCUUGUCCACACCCCCCGGCUGGUCAUGUCACGUCAGCCAGGACAAGCAGACGGUCUACACCAACCACUUCACCCAGGAGCAGUGGGUGAGGCUGGAGGACCCCCAUGGGAAGCCAUACUUCUACAAUCCAGAGGACUCCUCCGUUCGAUGGGAGCUGCCCCAGGUCCCUGUCCCUGCCCCUCGAAGCAUCCAUAAAUCCAGCCAGGACAGUGACACCCCAGCCCAGGCCAGCCCUCCAGAGGAGAAGGUCCCGGCAGAGUUGGAUGAGGUUGGGAACUGGGAGGAAAUCUCUCCUGCCACAGCUGCUAUGAGGACCAAGACCUUGGACAAGGCAGGGGUGCUCCAUCGCACCAAGACGGCAGACAAGGGAAAGCGGCUCCGGAAGAAGCACUGGAGUGCCUCCUGGACAGUGCUGGAGGGUGGCGUCCUGACAUUCUUCAAGGACUCAAAGACCUCGGCUGCAGGCGGCCUGAGGCAGCCUUCCAAGUUUUCCACCCCUGAGUACACAGUGGAGCUGAGGGGGGCCUCUCUCUCCUGGGCCCCCAAAGACAAAUCCAGUAAGAAGAAUGUGCUGGAGCUGCGGAGCCGAGAUGGCUCAGAGUAUCUGAUCCAGCAUGACUCGGAGGCCAUCAUCAGCACCUGGCACAAGGCCAUUGCCCAGGGCAUCCACGAGCUGGCUGCGGGAAUCCAGUCCGCAGAGCUGCCCCCUGAGGAGGAGACCGAGAGCAGCAGCGUGGACUUCGGGUCGAGUGAGCGCCUGGGAAGCUUGCAGGAGAAAGAGGAAGACGCGCGGCCGAGUGCAGCCACGCCCGCCCUGGGCCCCGGGGGUCUGGAGAGCGACUUGAGCAAGGUCCGGCACAAGCUCCGCAAGUUCCUCCAGAGGCGGCCCACACUGCAGUCGCUGCGGGAAAAGGGCUACAUCAAAGACCAGGUGUUCGGCUGCGCGCUGGCCGCGCUAUGUGAGCGUGAGAGGAGCCGAGUGCCGCGCUUCGUGCAGCAAUGCAUCCGCGCCGUCGAAGCCCGCGGUCUGGACAUCGACGGGCUGUACCGCAUCAGUGGAAACCUGGCCACCAUCCAGAAGCUGCGCUAUAAAGUGGACCACGAUGAGCGCCUCGACUUGGACGACGGGCGCUGGGAGGACGUCCACGUCAUCACCGGCGCCCUGAAGCUCUUCUUUCGGGAGCUGCCCGAGCCCCUCUUCCCCUUCUCGCACUUCCGCCAGUUCAUUGCGGCCAUCAAGUUGCAGGACCAGGCCCAGCGCAGCCGCUGUGUACGCGACCUGGUGCGCUCGCUGCCCGCCCCCAACCACGACACGCUGCGGCUGCUCUUCCAGCACCUCUGCCGGGUGAUCGAGCACGGCGAGCAGAACCGCAUGUCGGUUCAGAGCGUGGCCAUUGUGUUCGGGCCCACGCUGCUGCGGCCCGAGGUGGAAGAGAACAGCAUGCCCAUGACCAUGGUCUUCCAGAACCAGGUGGUGGAGCUCAUCCUGCAGCAGUGCUCCGACAUCUUCGCGCCGCACUGACGGCGGGCCUGGGACUGGGGCGGCCGCCGCCCUAGCCUUGCAGCCUGGCCUCCUUCACUCUGGGACCCUCCGCCAGCGCACAGCCACAGGCCGAUGUGACUUCUUGUACCCUCGAUUCUGAGGGUACGGUGACACCUAGUGGGCACUUCGCAAAAUGUGAUUUACACCCCACCCCCGGCCCCGCCCCGCACGUCCUGUUUUGGGAUUAAUUAGGUUUUUUUCCUCUGUGGCAUCACGCCUACUGUACGUGUGCGAUAGCGUGUGUGGGGGUGAGAGUUUGUUUUCUGGAAUGGUGGUUGCUGGGAGGAGGAGCCUGGUGGGGGCGCUUCCUGGCUGCUUCUGGUGGUCACCUCGUGGAGGCCUCCGCAGAGACUCUGUGGGUUCUGGCCCUGUACCAGCACUGUGCCAGUUAUGGGACAGCUGUGACUACUUCCCCACUGUGGAAACAGGACUGACCUAGCCUCCAGCGGGCGGCUGAACCUGCCCUUCUCAGGCCUCAGGGAUGACCUCCUGCCUGAGCCUCUCACAGGCUGGCUGUGGACCAGUUUCAUCUGCUUUCCUGUUGGGGGUCCUGGGCCUCUGCUGCCCUUGACCCACUGGUGUUCUGCGCAAGGCUUCAUCCUGUUCACCACGUGCACGCCUGGCGUCCUCGCUCGACAUGGCCAGUUCCAUUUUAUAGACGGGGACACUGAGGCCUGCAGCAACAAUGUGGCUUGCUCAGGGCCCAGUGAGUGAUCUCACUCCCCAGAAAAGGCUCCUCCCACACCAGGGCACAGCCUGGAUAAGGGAGAAAAUCAGUCCUUUCAGCUACCACUCCUCCAACCUUUGGGCCUAUGCCAGAGCUAAACUGGGUAUAUUCCCUCUGGACCUGAGGAGGCCCCUGAAGGGAAAAAAGGAGCCUGCCCCAGCUGUCCUGUCCUGGGGGAGGGGGACAGAGCCCUAGCAGGAGCUUCCAGCCCUCUUGACACUCUGACCAUCAGGUAUGCCCAUGUGGGGCCCACUUUGCUAUGAAGAGCUGGGCAGGCCUGCAGGGUGUGGGGAAGUUGGACACAACCUCAAAAAAGGAAGCGUGAAUCCCAGGGGACAGCAGAUCCCUUCCCUCCUCAGACACAAGUCACCUCAGCUUUCGGCCCUUGUCACCCAGCCCCACCCACCCACCUGUUCAUUAAUGCAACAGACAAUGACAGCUGAUAUUUAUUGGAAUUUGCAUCAUGCCAAGCAUUUUGCCUGGAUUAUCCCAUUUGUUUCUCACAGCCGGUAUUUAUUGUCUGCUCUUCUGUGCCAGGCAUUGUGCUCUGGGCAGGGGCACGUCGAGGGCCGCCUGCCCUGGUGGAGCUUAUGGUCUGAUGUGUGAGGCUGACUGAAGCCCACCCCAUUGCCAGCAGGGACAGGGCAAGAGUACACACGGGAGGCCUCAUACCAUAUGUCUAAAUAUUUAAAAGUUAUCAAUCAAGCUAACAACUGUUAAAUAAAAUAUGUUCUAUUCUCCUA